AUGUCAAAUGAAACAGCGUCUAUGAGAGAAAUACAACACAACCGACAACUCAUUAUGCAAGCUCUAAAUAAGAACACAACAAACUUUUCAAACUAUUCUAAGAUAUCUGAGUCAUUGAAAGGGGGUGACUUAAAACUGACAUUAAACCCUAUAACAGAUGAGUUUCUAUUUCAAGACAAUAAGAACAAUACUGUCUGUAUAAAUCCAACAAAAGGAACUUUAAACGAGAAACCUAUAAAUGAACUUCUUUUGAAAGCAGAUGUUGACAACAAAGCUGACAAAGAAUAUGUAGACGAUGCAAUAGCAAAAGAAGAAGAAAGAGCUAACAAUGCUUAUGCAACAAAAGAACGUACUCAUCCUGAACUAGCAGACAAAACAUAUGUUGACAAUAAAAUGUCAAGUGAAGUGACAAGAGCCGAAAACGAAUAUUCUAAAAAGACUCAUAUACAUUAUAUUAACCAAAUACCAAGUCUUAAGGAAACAUUAGAGACAAAAGCAGAUAAGACUCAUACACAUUCUAUAUCUGAUAUUACAAACUUACAAGAAACCUUAAACAGGAAAAGUGCCGUUGGACAUACACAUACCAUUGCAAAUAUUACAAACUUACAAGAAACCUUAAACAGGAAAA